AUGAAUCAUGGAAAUGCUACAGAACAGUGUGUCCUGAGCUGCAGCCUUGGCUCAUACAUCAAACCGGCUGAAUCUGAGUCGAGAACCUCUGACAUGCGCCUCGCUGUGGGGCUGAAGAGCACACGUCUCCAUCAGUACCCUUCGCCACGGCCAGUUUCAACACAUUUCAAAGUCACCCCUGGAGCUGCGCCACACGACCUGCUGACACAGGGCUCAGUGUUGCUCCGGCCCACAGACCCUCCGGACCCCAUUAACACCAGUAUCACGCCCACCCCCCACUGCCCCGUGCUUUCUUCUGCCCUGCCCUCCUCUCCCUCAGAGACCUGUUAA